GCAUAGUUAGUUACUUGCGGUAUGGUGGUGUAUUUUCAGAAAGCAGAAGAUAUCGAAACCGAAAAUGAUUCAGUAUAACUAUUAGUAGCGUUCUGUAAAAUGGCGACAGGAAAAAAACCAGUGGCUGAGCUUUUCUCGGACUUGUCAUUAAUGGCGGUUCUACCAAAAAAGAUCGGGAAAGGUUGGGACAACUUGCUGCUACGUCUACGGCUGACUAAAGUUGACAUAGAUCAUAUCAAUCACAACCAUCGAGAUUUAGAGGAUAAGAUUAAGGAUGGCCUGGACAGGUGGAACAUAGAAAACAAGAAUGAAUCAUACUUUACAAGGACGAAACAGUUGCUGAAAGCUUUAAGGGACGAAGAUAUGACUACACUGGCAGAGGAACUGGAGGACGAGUACUGCAUUACAGAACAAGAACUUGAAUAUAGUGGUUUCAAACCACACGUUAUACAGAACUCUCCGGAAUUCUCGGACGAUAUCAUCAACACAAAAAACUUCUCGAAACCCUCGGACGUUACCAUUAACACAGAGAACUCCCCGGAACCCUCGGGUGAUAUCAUCAACACCGGGAAUAAAACAGGCGACAGUUCAGCACAAAUGUUUCUGACGGAGAGUGGACCGGGUAUAAACGAAGAUUUCUCCUUGCGUGGUUACCAGACAGAAAUAGCACAAGACGGAUUAAGGGGAGAGAACUCUAUAAUCUGGGCCGGCACCGGAUCGGGGAAGACCAGGGUGGCCGUAUAUAUCAUGAAAAACCACCUUGACCACAAACUGAAAGGGAGGAUAGCAUUCUUCACCACAACAGUGACCCUUCUUGAACAACAACAUAGAGUGAUAUGUGAAUUGUUACCCAAGUAUAAGCACCAGAUCCGAAUGUUCAGCGGGAAGAACCAGCUAAUCGGUGAACGCCUAUCCGCCAUGGUACAGAGAUGUCGCGUGUGUGUUCUUACCCCGGGGAUCCUCUGGAACUGCCUGAACAGUGGAUCCGUAUCUCUCAAUGUAUUCUCUAUGCUCGUAUUUGACGAGUGUCACCAUACACGAAAAAACGAACUUUAUAAUCAGAUAAUGGCACACUACAGGAAAUUACACCAGGAUGACAGCGCCGCCAAACAACCACAGAUCAUCGGGAUGACAGCGUCCGUAGGGACAGAGCGGGCUUGGAAUGUCCAGGGUGCAGAGGAAAGUAUCCUAGAACUGAUGGCGAGAAUGCAUGUUUACAAGAUCGCUACCCCCCGGGAAAACAUGAAAGAGUACAAGGAAUACGUUCCUGACCCCAUCAGACAUUCAGAGGUCAUGAAGGAACGUAAGACUGAUCCAGUUAAGGACACCAUAGAGCGUGCUAUGAAACAACUUGAACAUUGGCUCCACACAGAAGUGGGUGUCCUUGACAAAGAUGUACACCAUUUGUUGUUGGAGAUGCCAUGCGAACAUAGGAUGGAACAGCAGUACCAAUCUUGGCUGUCACGUCUGCUGGACGCCCUCCUUAACAGUAAAGAGUUGAAGUCCGACGGUAUACAUCAAGCCAUUGUUGUAGCGAAACACAUGACAGUAAGUAACAUCUUUGCCUCCGAGAAAUGUUUCUUUGUUUAUUAAUGUUUCCUAAUA